AUGGAUCCCGGCCAACAGAUUCUGGGCUCGCAAUGGAGCAAUCGGGUGGACGCACUCAUCCGCAAGACACAGGCUGCAGAAGCUGUUGGGGCCCACGGUCAUGUCCGAAAUCGUGUUACCUUGGUCGGCUCUUUCCACAGUCAGACGCAGCAACUCUUGUCUGCCAUGAUCGAUGAGCCUCUUCGAGAGAUCAGCGCGAUCGAGGGCAAUGAGGCUGAAGCCGUUCUGACCGCGUUGAGGACUUCAUCACCUUCGAAACCCUUCACCAUUUCAUACGCUCCAGGACCUCCACAGGCUCUCGAAGGAAGUGGCAUCACGCUGGACCGUCACUGGCUCCAACAGGCAAAUAUGCAGAUCACGGUACUGAUCAACCCAACAUUGUCCGAAGAGACGUACGACGUUAUCUACGAUAGCGAGGCGGUCGUGUUUGUUACUGACGACUAUGCUCUUAGUCGAGCCGCCCAUCGAAGCGCUGGCCAGCGCGGCGACACCACGCACGAGCUUCUUUCGCGGUUCGCUGCUAAACCCAACGUUCACCUCGUCGUCAACUCCAUCCUCGGCACCGAUCCUGCUCACUUUGCCAACGCCCUCGAAUCAGCCACUGGUGCCUCGGUGUCGGACCUCGUCGCUCCGCAUCUCAUCCCUGUCCGCGUGUCCGAUGCGCUCGCUGCCAACGCGGCCCUCCGCCAGGCGCUCGACAAGCAAGACCAGCAGCCUCUUCCCAUCGUCGCACCACGCACCUCCACCGCCUACUGGGACAACUUCAGCUCCCACUACCAGCGCUCCAACGUCGGCACCGUCCUCCACCUCAUCCAGCACCUCGACACCCUCCACGGCUCGCACACUCUCCUCGCCCACUCCUCCGCCUUCCUCCUGCAGCACUGUCUCGACGAAGCCCUCGCCACGACCAAGCACAACCUCGCGACGCUGCACCAGCUGCGCUCGCUCGCGGUCGAAACCGACGCGCGGAACAGUGCGACGCUCAAGCAGUCGUUGGAGCGCAUUUGGCCGCCGGCUGCUGCGUACACGGGCCAGUUGUCGAGCGACGAGAUCCAAGUGUGGCGUCCUGCGGCACCGGGGUCGUCCAGUGCGGUGGAAUCGGCGAUGCAGAUGACGGACGACUUGAUCGAGAGGACGUUUGAUACCAAGCUGCAGUGGUGGAAGCUCGUAUGGAAGGUGGACGAUGUGAGGAAGGAGUUGGAGACGGCGUGUGCUGGGUUCGCGGCGUCGCUCGAGUCGGAUCUGGCGUACGAGUCGGGGCGGUUGGCGACGUUGCAGGUGUCCAAGGUUCGCGAGGCGGAUGCGUUGUUGGUGCGAUUUCGGGACUUGGCGCAGAAGCUGGGGUCGACGAUCGAGGAUGCAAAGCGCGAUGCAGCGAUGGUGGUGAAUGAAGCGGAGGGGUAUCGCUCGUCGAGGUUGCGCACGAUCGAGCCGUCGACGCUGAUGGCGCCGAUCCAUGUGCGACGCGCGCAGCUGCUGGAGACGGGGGGACCGAUCGACGCGUUGGCGCUCAAAUCACGCAAGCUCGCCGUGACGAGCUCCGCCGCUGUGGCGGUGACCGCUGCGGGUGUGGGGUCGGCUAGCGUCCUCGGCUCGUCGCUGGGUUUGGUCGACGCCUCCGCCGCCGCCCUUGCGCUCGAUCCUGCCACGGGAAUGGGUCUGGGUCUGCUAACGCUCACGCUCGUCGGAUGGAGAAUGCAGGGUCAGUACAACAAGUUCCGCCGCAGAUUCCGGCAGGACUGGCUGCGCCUCUCGGAAGGACUGGACCAAGAUCUCAAGGGGAACUUUGAGGAGGUGCUGAGGGGACAGAUCGUGGGUCCGUCCGAGGUGGUCGCUUCGCGAGUGAGGGAGCUUGCACGGAGUUGGGGUGCCAAGAUCCAGCAGCAAGAGGCACACGUCAGAGCUGUCGCAAGGCAGACACCCGCACCCCUCAGCACUUCACAAGAGGUCACGCAGGACAUCACGCCUCGCGCAUCCACCUGA